UUGUUUUUUUUCCUGUUUUUUUGUUUGUUUCACAAAUUGUGAAAGGGAAACGUGUUCGAAGGCACAAGGAGAAGAAAAUGGCUUUCCUAAUGAAAAGUAUGAUAAGUAACCAGGUGAAAAAUUUGGGGCUUGGUGGAGGGGGCGAAGAAAGCAAAGAGGAAGCUGCUCCGAGUGACCCAGCUGCCGCUGCAGGAAUGACCCGGGAAGAAUAUGAGGAGUAUCAAAAACAAGUGAUCGAAGAGAAAAUGGAACGGGAUGCAGCCUUUGCACAAAAAAAGGCUGAAAGAGCCGUCCUGAGAGUUCACAUGCGAGAAAAGUACAGACUCCCAAAGAGUGAACUGGAUGAGAACCAAAUCCAAAUGGCCGGCGAUGAUGUAGAUUUACCAGAAGACCUCCAGAAAAUGGUGGCUGAAGAUCAAGUAGAAGAAGAAGACAAGGAUUCUAUUCUUGGACAGCUUCAGAACAUCCAGAACAUGGACAUGGACGCUAUUAAAGAAAAGGCCCAAGCUACUUUCACUGAUAUUAAGCAGGCAGCUGAACAGAAAUGUUCUGUCAUGUAGUAAAGACAUUUACAAGAUUUAUGUACAGAUGCCCAAUAGAAAUGGCGAGCCAUGGAUGCUCCCACUGGUUAUUUGCCACUCUCUACCCAUUUAUAAGGAGUUUAAAUAACUUUAAAAACACAUCACAUCCAUUUAUUGACAGAUGUUGGUGGCAAUAUAGUGGGAUCUUGAAACACCAGGGAAUGUUCGAAAGCUCUAACUGCAGUUGCAAAUAUUACUGUUUGCAUUGGUGUCCAAUCCAUCAAAGGCCAUCAUGAUUUUGGGUUUUGAAUUUCAUGUUAAAAUGUGCUUUGUUAACAGGGAAUGGAAGCAUAUUCAAUUUCCUAAAAUUUCAGUUCAUGGGGUGUACAGUAGUUUUUAUCUGCUUUUAUUACAGCAGAGU